AUGCAGCAACAACUCAGCACGGCGCGACACGGCGCCAAGCACAUGGUCGAGGACGCUGUGAGCGCGGUACUUAAUAGUGCGGCAGUGGAGCGACAUCCCAACCCACACGCCAUCGGCUUUGUACGGUCGAACUCGUACGCUUUAAGUACGCGUGACACGACGUACGCCGUCCCUGACUUUUUUCCGGUAGGCGGAGUGGCGUGGCCAGAACCGCUGCUGGAGUUGUGGAAGUCGAUGCGCUACAGCUCCCUCACCGGCGUGUUUGCCGACUUGUCCCGUGCGUGGUUCACUGUAGACAACCGUCUUGUCAUUUGGGACUACCAUGGCGGUCGCGAAUUCUGCAUCUACGAUGAGAUUCCCGAGCUGAUCAGCGUUGUCGGCGCUCCUCUCCGGCCCCUUAGUGGCGUCUUCCAGCCGCACGUGACAUACAUCAUUCCCGUGGGCACCACCAGCAUGAUGUUCCUCUUAGGCCUUUGCAUUAUGGGCGAAGGGGCGCAGGCUGAGAUGAAGGUUGUUAAUCUGGGGUACAGCUGCUCCACUGACACCGUGAUAACGAAGGCGAUUGGCAGCGGCGGCCACGUGUUCUGCGCAGGUGCGGACGGCAAUGUGUAUGAGGUGCGCUACAUGCGUGAUAAUACCCCCAUCACUCCCAAGAUACGAAUGGUAAGUUACGGCUAUUGGCUCUCCACCGCCCCUGUCCUUGGGCAGGUGACAUCGGUUGUUGCGAGCGUGUGGAAAUCUUGGAGAGGCGGCAUGCACGGCGGACUUAUCGAUCUCGUGGUGGACGAGCGUGACGGCAUCUUGGCGACACUGUGCGAGCGCAGCAGGAUUAGCCUGUGGCGUCUGAUCCCUAGUGGUGGCAUGCGCUACAUACUGUCUCUGCGCCACCGUCCCGGUCGUCUGCCGCGUUCGCAUACCACCCCUAAUGGCGAACCAGCGCCGCUGGUGCGGCUUUUUGUGAUAGAGACAGAUGCGCAAGGGUGCCGCCUCAUGGCCACCGCCCUCAACGGAGACCAGUUUCGCUACCGCUACAUCAACAUAUUCGAUUCCGUCUUCAGCGCUGAACUCAUUCUGCAAUCGCACACACCCUCGUACUUGUCGGUAAACAAAGAAAUCAGUGUUUGCUACGCCUCCGCGUCGGCGUUCUUGGCGGCCUUUAGCGACAUGAACGACGACCGAGCCUCUGAUGAAGUGCUCGCCGCCACCUCCCCUGCCACGGUAAUAGCACCCCAUCAAAACGUGCGGGACAUCGUGGCGACCUUCAGCGGUUCAUCCUCGCGUAUUGUGCGAGUCGACGCGAUCGAGCGGAUGCCCACGCAGGGCUCGCAAAACUUCUCUGACUUGUGCGCUCAGGUUUGCUCACCCGGACCGACGUACGUCGUGGUGCACCGCCAUGGCCUCUCACUUUUUGCCCAAGCCCGCCCUGUUGAUACGCUGUACCUCAUUCUGUUGAUAAGCGAUGCGGACUGCCGCGAGGGUCUCCUCAGUCGCUUCACGUCUGUGUACAGUGCGCCCGACUAUGCGGCGAUGCUCCUUCAGAUUGCCGUUGGCGCGUUGAACGCAACGACGAAGCUCCCACUGCCGUUCACGAAAGACUCGGCGUUUUUGAGCAGCCACGACGAUGGGGUGCCAUUGAAUGACCUUGGCCAACAACUGCUGAGCGGGUCGAGCGCCGAAGUACUGAAGAGAGCACGCGAACUGCUGCGCAGCCUACAGCUGCCUGUGACGCAGGCGAGUAACGGAAUGGAUGCGGAGGUCCAAAAUGUCGUUGUGCUCAUGUCACCAUUUGCGACAGGACUCGUUGCUUUUGUUGCCCGAGCACUGUGCCUACUCUGGAAUACGGCAAUGAGCGCGAUCACGCAGAGCAGUGCAACCACCACGGUGCGGGUGCUCGAAAAAAUCAUCCAGUACUUGGACAGUCUCUCUAUCAGCGUACUGCCGGAGCAUCAGCGUACGCUGAAUUUCCAGCACGAGUGGCAAGUAGACAAGGUCGUUGUUAUGGUGCCACGCGACCGGAGCCUGCGUGCCGAGGACGUGAAGCGGCUGCAGGCGGCCAUGUUGUACAACUGCUACGAACUGGUGCACAAGGCGUGGCAGGCGACGACGCUGCUGCAGCGCGUUCUUGGCAUCCCACUCUACUCUGAAGACGCAUCGGUUACAUUUGCGCAGGUGAUGCGAGACGCUGGCGUUGCACAGCGGCUUGGACAUUAUCUGAGUCAGGUGAUGCUAGAUUCCCAGUAUGGAAUCAGUGCUGGGUCUGGGCACCGAGUGGUCUCCUUCGCACAGCUGCAGCGGCAGUGCCCGUACUUUUUUGGCGGCAUCAGCUCGGAAACCUAUCAGCUGCAAAGCGAUAUGCUUUCCUUGACUCGCGGCGAGUCUCUUCAAUGCUACACAGAGGCACAGAUGCACAAGUGGGUUGCCGAGGUUGGUGCUAAGGCUGCGGCAUACUGGCCUUCUGGUGCGCUUCAGAGCAUCUGUGAGCAGCUGCGGAGCCUGAAACGUGAGAAUGUGGCGGUGGAACUCUUGCUGCACGCAGCGGCGCAGCUGGACCCGGGUAACGCGGCGCUGGCUGUUUUUCUGGCGGAGGGUCCCUGCCAAGUGGGUGAUAAGACACGGUACGCCAGCGCCUACUCGGCGCACCAGACCAAGACGCAGGUGCUGGAGCUUGUUGUUUCUACGUUGGAGUCUGCGUGGCUGACGCAUCGGAGCGUGGUGGAGGACCUCCUCGGCGGACCGCGUCGUUCUGGAACCAUUUGGCAGGUGGAGCCGUCAGACGAGUAUGCGCACUGCUUCCUCUUCGACUGGAUGUGCGCCCCCCGCGACGACAGGAAUACGACCAAAUUGCUGCGAGAGACGCUUGUGGCGGCGCGCUCACCGUUUCUUAGCAACUAUUUGCGGCGCAAUGCCGAGGUUCUGGCUGAGGAGUAUGCGCACUACCUCGCCAGCGUGCAAGGCGACUACCGGGGCGCGAUGCAGCAAUGCUUUGUCAUGGCCCUGGCUCCGCUUCCCGACACGCCAGUAGCUGACCGGCUUCAGUAUCGCCUCCGGUGCCUGCGCGAGGCCCUCGAUUGUGCCAGGAAGUGUCAAUCCGACCAAACGCAGCAGGUGGAGCAGCAGUUGCGCUUGAUGGAGGCGCAGCAGCGUUUGUAUCGCAUUGCCACCGAGUUCCUUUCCUCCGGCAGCGCCACGCUCGACCGUCGUGUGAAGUGGGAGGGUGAUGUCGUGACGGAGCGUGAUGUUGCCGUGCAACAUAUCGAGUUCUUGUCGAGCUUUGUCGCCUCUGCAAGCGACCUGAUAGAGGUGGGUGGCAUGUAUCCGGCGCUGGGGGGUGCGGAGGUGCAGCUGGAUGCGCUGCUCUGCUCCAACGUCACGGACGCAGGCGUGUAUGCCACCUGCAUUAGCCGUGCUUAUGAGAACCAGAAGGACAAGACAGAGACUAUUACGAAGCGACUCAUUGACAGGUACUUUCACCAAAUCAGCUGCUUUCCGCUUUCACAUCUAGUGCGGCUGCUGGAGGCUCGCGCGUUUCUGCGUGCCCCGACAGGGUCGGCGCACGUGGUGCAGCUGCUGAUGAGUCUCGCUGUUGAUCCAAAGGUGCUCUUCAUCACGUACGAGAGCAUUCUUGAAGGGAGGGAUGACACAGGUGUGGAGUGUGUGGAGUUUGCCGAGGCUGGUGUCACGCGGGGCUAUCUUGUUUACGCAUACGCCACGGUGCUGGUAAAUCUGGCGGACCUCGGCCGACGCGGGUCUGUGCAGCAGUGGAUCGUCACCAACGCCAUGGCCGCCACACGCAGUAUGAUUCGCCGCGCUGCAAACAUUGUCACAUCCCCAAAUGAGCAGCUGGCUGUGGAGCGAGCAGAGGAGCUACUGCGAAAAGCCAACACGCUUGCCGCGAGUGGCGUGUGUCUGUAG